AUGCGUCUGGUACCUCGCGAGAUCGACAAGCUUCUGCUGCACCAAGUCGGGUUUCUUGCUCAGAAACGGCUCGCACGCGGCAUCAGACUCAACCACGCAGAGGCAACAGCCCUUAUUGCAUCCCAACUGUUGGAAUUUAUGCGAGAUGGUGUUUACUCUGUCGCACAACUGAUGGACAUGGGUAAACAGAUGCUCGGCCGCCGACAUGUUUUGCCCGAUGCGUGCGACACAGUUCAUGAAGUCCAAGUCGAGGGUACAUUUCCAGACGGCACCUAUCUUGUCACAGUUCAUGAUCCAAUCUGCACAGACGCCGGCAACCUCACCAUAGCACUCUACGGCUCAUUUUUACCUGUGCCUGACCCGAGCCUGUUUGCUGCACCUGCCAGUCGAUCCAAGACAGAUUCACCAGGCGCAAUUGUCGUUUUGCCAGGAAAAAUCACCCUCAACCCCAAUCGCAGACGCAUUUCUUUGACAGUUACCAACCACGGAGACCGCCCCAUCCAGGUCGGAUCCCACUACCAUUUCAUCGAAACAAACGCUGCCCUCCAUUUCAACCGCGCCCUUUCAUACGGUAUGCGUCUCGACAUUCCUGCUGGUUCGGCAGUUCGUUUUGAGCCCGGAGAUUUCAAGACCGUCACAUUAGUCGAGAUUGGUGGAAACAAGGUCAUCAGUGGUGGAAACAGUCUUGCGUCUGGCCCUGUAGACUUCUCGCGUCUUCCGUCCAUAAUGUCGAACUUGACUGUCCAGGGGUUCAAGCACGAUGCCAACACACCUCUGUUGCCUCAUGCACCAGCUUAUGAACUUGACCGUGAAUACUAUGUAGACCACUUUGGACCAACCACGGGUGAUCUGGUUCGUCUGGGCGACACUUCAUUGUGGGCUCGUGUAGAAAAAGAUUACACUGUCUAUGGCGACGAAUGCAAAUUUGGCGGUGGAAAAGUGUUGCGCGAGGGAAUGGGUCAAAGUACCGACCGGGCGGAUGCGGAUGUACUGGAUCUUGUGAUCACCAAUUGUCUGAUUAUCGAUGUGCAUGGGAUCUACAAGGCCGACAUUGGUGUCAAGAACGGUAUCAUCGCGGGUAUCGGAAAGGCUGGUAACCCAGAUGUCAUGGACGGUGUCACUCCAGGUAUGAUCGUUGGUGCCGGUACAGAAGCAUUGGCAGGUGAAGGAAAGAUCUUCACAGCUGGUGCCAUUGAUGCACACGUUCAUUUUAUCUGUCCCCAGAUCUGUUACGAGUCUAUCGCAAGUGGAGUUACUACUUUGAUCGGUGGUGGUACAGGCCCCAAUACUGGAACCAACGCCACCACGUGUACACCUGGAAAUCAUCACAUUGAAUUUAUGAUGAAAGCGACGGAUGACAUACCAAUGAAUUUCGGUUUCACUGGAAAGGGCAAUUGUUCGUCUACAAAGGAGUUGGUUGAGCACAUCCAAGCUGGUUGUCUUGGUCUCAAGCUUCACGAGGAUUGGGGAACCACCCCCGCAUCAAUUGAUGCCUGUCUCAAGGUCUGCGACGAGUUUGACGUACAAGCAACCAUUCACACCGAUACCCUCAAUGAAGCUGGCUUUGUUGAGUCUUCUAUUGCUGCGUUCAAGGGACGUACUAUUCAUACGUACCAUAGUGAGGGUGCAGGUGGAGGACAUGCUCCUGACAUUAUGCGUGUUUGCAGUGAGCCCAACGUAUUACCUUCAUCUACCAACCCAACCCGCCCAUUCACCACCAAUACUCUCGAUGAGCAUGUGGAUAUGUUGAUGGUUUGCCAUCACUUGUCCAAGAAUAUUCCCGAGGAUGUCGCAUUUGCUGAAAGUCGUAUCCGCGCUGAGACAAUUGCUGCUGAAGAUGUCCUUCACGAUAUGGGCGCUAUUAGUAUCAUCAGUUCGGAUUCUCAGGCUAUGGGUAGAGCUGGCGAAGUAGUCUUGAGAACCUGGAAGACGGCCAGCAAGAUGAAAGACCAACGUGGAAAGCUGCCUGAAGACAAGGAUGUUUCGGGCGAUAACUUUAGAAUCAAGCGCUAUAUUGCAAAGUACACGAUAAACGUUGCCCGUGCUCAUGGUGUAGGCCACUUGAUUGGAUCAAUCGAGGUCGGCAAGGUUGCAGAUCUGGUAGUGUUCAAGCCCGAAUUCUUUGGAACCAAACCCGAAUUGAUUCUGAAGGGCGGUGUGAUUAUCUGGGGCCAAAUGGGUGAUGCAAACGGUUCUAUUCCUACCACUCAGCCUGUCAUCUCACGGCCGAUGUUUGGUGCUUAUCCUUCAAGUCUUUCAAAGAGCUGUAUGGUGUUUGUGUCAAAGUUGUCGUUGGAUAGCAAGACUGUUCAAAAGUACGGACUGAAAAAGCGUGCCGAGGCUGUGAAGAAUUGCCGGAAUGUAUCCAAGAAAGACAUGCUGCUCAACGAUGCUAUGCCUAAAAUUACUAUUGAUCCAGAGACCUAUCGAGUUACGGCUGACGGAAAGCAUUGUGUGUGCGACCCAGUCUCAAGCUUACCCCUUACUCAAUCUGUAUUCCUUUUCUAAGUUAAUGUAUCCAAUACCCUUUAUUAUUUUUUGUUCUUAAUGUUAUUAUUAUUAUUAUUAUCCUUUGUCAUUGAAUAAAUAUUUUUAUUGUUGUAAAUAUC